UGAGCCUCUUACCAUGUGGUCCACCAGUGAGAUCCAGUUAACUUAACUAGCUGGCCACAGACUGGCCCAAGCUGUUAUUUAAUGUCACUGUUCCACAUGAGAAUAGAAGGUCCUUAAGCAUGGGUAUCAUGGGUUUUAUUCAACACUAUAUCUGAGUACCUAAGCACCAUGCCACCACCUGGCCUAGACUGACCUCUUAAUACAUUGCCAUCCACAUGCUACCCAUUGGUCCUAAUUGGGAGGAAUCUUCUGAUGACUUCUCCCUCCCUGUCACUAACCCUGACUUUGUUCUCUUAACCCAUGAAAGAGCAGCCUCAGGAGUGAUAGUUGCUGGAGUCAAGAUGACAGGAACUGUGAGCGGGUGAGCGGGAAGAUGGAAGUGAGGACUGCCCUGGGUUUUCUAAACUCUCCGCAUUGAACUUAUCUGUAAUUAGAAGGGAAAUGCUAUUUGGAAAGCUCCUCAGUAGUUAGUUGAGGUACAGGAUGCAAAGUGGGUUUUGUUUUGGUUGGCUUUGCUCAGCAGUACACCAGGGGUUGGUGGGAGGCGGAGUGGAAGAAGCGGUGAAGAAGAGGAUCGAUAAUGCAGAGGAAGAUCACAGCUUCCUGGAAAAAAGGAUCUGUUCAUUGAGGCCGAUCUUAUGAGUCCUUUGGAUCGAAUUGCCAACGUCUCCAUCCUGAAGCAACAUGAGGUUGACAAGCUGUACAAGGUGGAGAAUAAGCCAGCCCUCAGUUCCAGUGAACAAUUGUGCUUCUUGGUCAGACCUCGUAUCAAGAAUAUGCGAUAUAUUGCCAGUCUUGUCAAUGCUGACAAAUUGGCUGGCCGAACUCGAAAAUACAAAGUGAUCUUCAGCCCUCAGAAGUUUUAUGCAUGUGAAAUGGUGCUUGAGGAAGAGGGAAUCUAUGGAGAUGUGAGCUGUGAUGAAUGGGCCUUCUCUUUGCUGCCUCUUGACGUGGAUCUGCUAAGCAUGGAACUGCCAGAAUUUUUCAGGGACUACUUUCUGGAAGGAGACCAGCGCUGGAUCAACACAGUAGCUCAAGCCCUGCACCUUCUCAGCACUCUCUAUGGACCCUUUCCCAACUGCUAUGGAAUCGGCAGAUGUGCCAAGAUGUCAUAUGAAUUGUGGAGGAAACUGGAGGAGGAGGAGGAUGGUGAAACCAAGGGCCGAAGGCCAGAGAUUGGACAUAUUUUUCUCCUGGACAGAGACAUGGACUUUGUGACGGCGCUCUGCUCCCAAGUGGUUUAUGAGGGCCUGGUAGACGACACCUUCCGCAUCAAGUGUGGGAGUGUUGACUUUGGCCCAGAAGUCACGUCCUCGGACAAGAGCCUGAAGGUGCUGCUCAACGCAGAGGACAAGGUGUUUAAUGAGAUUCGUAAUGAGCACUUCUCCAACGUCUUUGGCUUCUUGAGCCAGAAGGCUCGGAACUUGCAGGCCCAGUACGAUCGCCGGCGAGGCAUGGACAUCAAGCAGAUGAAGAACUUUGUGUCCCAGGAGCUCAAGGGACUGAAACAGGAGCACCGCCUGUUGAGUCUCCAUAUUGGGGCCUGUGAGUCCAUCAUGAAGAAGAAAACCAAGCAGGACUUCCAGGAGCUGAUCAAGACUGAGCAUGCACUGCUGGAGGGGUUCAACAUCCGGGAGAGCACCAGCUACAUUGAAGAACACAUAGAUCGGCAGGUAUCACCUAUAGAGAGCCUUCGCCUCAUGUGCCUCUUGUCCAUUACUGAGAACGGUUUGAUUCCCAAGGAUUACCGAUCUCUGAAAACACAGUAUCUGCAGAGCUAUGGUCCCGAGCACCUGCUGACCUUCUCCAAUCUGCGACGAGCCGGGCUUCUGACGGAGCAGGCCCCAGGGGAUGCCCUCACAGCAGUGGAGAGUAAAGUGAGCAAGCUGGUGACUGACAAGGCUGCAGGGAAGAUUACUGAUGCCUUCAGUUCUCUGGCCAAGAGGAGCAAUUUUCGUGCCAUCAGUAAAAAGCUAAAUUUGAUCCCACGUGUGGAUGGCGAAUAUGAUCUGAAAGUGCCCCGGGACAUGGCUUAUGUCUUCAGUGGUGCUUAUGUGCCCCUGAGCUGCCGAAUCAUCGAGCAGGUGCUGGAGCGGCGGAGCUGGCAGGGCCUGGAUGAGGUGGUACGGCUGCUCAACUGCAGUGAGUUUGCUUUCACAGACAUGACCAAGGAAGACAAGGCUUCCAGCGAGUCCCUGCGCCUCAUCUUGGUGGUAUUCUUGGGUGGUUGUACCUUCUCUGAGAUCUCAGCGCUUCGAUUCCUGGGCAGAGAGAAAGGGUACAGGUUCAUUUUUCUGACAACAGCAGUCACCAACAGUGCUCGCCUGAUGGAGGCCAUGAGUGAGGUGAAAGCAUGAAACUUUCCCAGCCAGUGUUGACGUCUUCUCUGGACACAGUCCCCAGUGGGACACAGGCAUUGGCAGCCAGCUACUCAUCAUAAAGUGUCCACUGACUGCCCUGUGAGAAGCCUGGGAGCUUGGAACUUAGAAUUUAGAGAACAUUUCUGAGGAGAGAGUUCACCUCCGCGCCCAGAACAGUUCUCUUUUCUGUUUAUGAAGUACAGUCCAUGCUGCUAAGGUAUGAGGAGAAAGAGAAGUCCUUGAUUACCCUGUUUGAGCAUCAUUGUAAAUAAAACCUCUAUGCGGAAAUGUAA